AUGGAUCCCCCCCUGGAGCUGGCGCCGGACCCCAGGUUCCCCCGGCCGCUCGUGGAGAUGCUGAUAAGAAAUUUCAGUGUCCCAGCAGCCUGCUUCUCCCUGCCACCCACCUCCCAGCAGCUCCUGCAACAGCUGGACGUAGUUGAACUCUCCAUCAUGGGACUUGCCACCUUUCUGACGCUGCUUUCGGUUGCCAUCUUUGUGGAAGAGGCAUUCUACCUCACUCGCAAGAUUCGUUGCCCCAUCAAGAUGAAGACACUCCUCUGGAGUAGCUCAGCCCCUACGGUCGUGUCUGUGGUCAGCUGCUUUGGGCUCUGGAUCCCCCGCUCCAUGAUGGUGGUGGAGAUGGCGACCACAGCGUACUUUGCUGUCUGCUUCUACUUCCUGAUGCUGGUCAUGGUGGAGGGCUUUGGGGGCAAGGAGGCAGUUCUGAGCACCCUGAAGGAUGUGCCCAUGGUGAUUAGCACCGGGCCCUGCUGCUGCUGCUGCCCCUGCCUGCCCCGAAUCACCAUGAGCAGGAAAAAGCUCCAACUGCUGCUGCUGGGGACUUACCAGUACACCUUCUUCAAGGCAGUCGCUGUCUUCGUGGGGCUGGUCCUGGCUGCUGAUGGGAACUACAAUCCUGCUGAUAUCUCAGAGAAGAGCGUGGCUCUCUGGAUCAACACACUCCUGGGUGUCUCCACCAUCUUUGGCUUGUGGGCCCUGGGCAUCCUCUUCCGGCAAGCCAGGUUGCAUUUGAAAGAGCAGAACAUUGGGGCCAAGUUUGCUUGCUUCCAGGUUCUCCUCAUCCUGACGGCACUGCAGCCCUCCAUCUUCAGCAUCCUGGCCAACAAUGGCAGCAUCGCCUGCUGGCCACCCCUUUCCUCCAAGGCUAGGUCGCAGCAGAUGAAUAUGCAGCUAAUAAUCCCGCAAACGUUCAUCAUAGCUGUGGUGACCCGGAUAUACUACCGCAAGCAGGAUGACAAACCAGGCUACCAGCCCAUCAGCUUCACACCUACAGACACCAACAUCAAGAUCUGA